UGCGGCCUGCAAGUCCAGAUCAUCUUUUCUGCUCCGUCGGACCUCCACUCAGACCGUCCUCGCGCACGGAGUCAGCAUGUCUCAGGCGAGGGUCACAGACUUCUUCGCCCAGCGGAAGAAAGGCGUCGCUGCGCCGGUGAAAGCGGACAAACGCUCCGCUGCUGUCCACCGAGGCACCAGAACGAGACGCUCCAAGAUCCAGGAAGAGUCUUUCUGCCCGGACUCCGUGCACGAAGAGUUUCUCCGGGUUAUCGACGAGGCCUCACGGGUCGACGAGUCUGCGUCCACGGACGAUCUAAAAGAUGCGUCUCCCGCCAGCCCCCGGACACCGAAGCGCACAUCGGAGGAGUUCGACCUCAGUGGCUUCUCAGCCACGGUGGAGUAUUGCACGGCCAAGAAGAUGCGGCAGGACGCGGCUCCUCCACCGAGGAGGACUGCCAGAAAGAAGCUGGUCCUGCCGCUACCCCCGUCUCUGACGGGUAAAGUGACUGCUGCACCAACAAAAGACCAGGCUAGUUUGGCGGCUCAGAAUACGGCCACCGCAGGUCCUGACCCGCACACCCGUGUCAGCAAGCAGAAGACAAAACGGACCUUCAAGAAGCUGAGCAAGGACGAGCUGGACACCCUCAAGUCUCGUCUGCAGAAAAUCAAGCAGCAUGCUGAGGAUGCUUCAGCUCUCACACCAGCACCUUCAUCCCCUCCCAAGCCAGUUGCUGCCUCCUCAGACACAGCAGAUGCUGGUGCCGCAGCCCUGUUGGCCAACCUCACGCGAGCCAGAGAGCUGGCUGCUAAAGCUGAGAGGAGGAAGGAGGCGCAAGAGAUGGAGGAUCAGCACAAGCCCAGCCAGACGACCAGCCAAGAAAGUGUUCAGCCUCCUGGAUACCAGCGGUACCACACUCUGGCCCAGGCUGCUCCUCCGGGUCUCUCCCUUCCAUACCAGUACAAACUGCUGGCCGAGAUGUUCCGGAGUAUGGACACAGUGGUGGCCAUGCUGCACAACCGCUGCGAGACCGCCACCUUCACCAAGAUCAAGCAGGGAGUUCAGGACAUGAUGCACAAGAGAUUUGAAGAGACCCACGUGGGCCAGAUAAGAACGGUGUUCCCGGAGGCCUACACCUUUAGACAGGAGAAGAACAUUCCGUCGUUCAGCAGCAGCACCCAGAGAGGAAGCUACCAGCUGACCAUGGAGCCCAUCCUCCAAUCAGACAAAAAUGAAGCCCGGCCGCUGCUCUCGGCUUCAAGGCUGCUGGAGAGGAGACACAUAUUCCACCAGAACCUGGUCUCUCUUGUCAAACAGCAACACCAGGUCUUCCUCUCUUCGUUGGUUCCUCCAGUGUCCGUCCCGGAGGACAAGCUGACCCGCUGGCACCCGCGCUUCAACGUCGACACGGUCCCACCCGUGCAGGUCGGCACGCUGCCUCAGCCGCCACAGACGGAGAAGCUUGCUACAGCCCAGGAGGUUCUGGACAAAGCCCGCUCCCUCAUCACGCCCAAGAUGGAGAAAGCUCUGAUCUCAGUGGCGCAAAAGACCAAAGGAGCAGCAGCAGAAGAGAGUUCACAGGACCCAGCCACUCACCAGACCUCCACUCCUGCACCUGAUCCUAUGACUCAGGUCCCCACCGCUCUCAGAGGAGUCCCCCAGACACUGCUAGACAGGAUUCGGGCCAAAGAGGCCCAGAAGCUCCAGGCGGCCAUGACACGAAACCCUGAACAGGAGGGGCGCCUGGUGAUGAUCUCGCGGCUCGGCGAGCUGGCCCGGAUCCUGCGCACGGUGUUUGUGGCGGAGAAGAAACCGGCACUGAUCAUGGAGGUGCUGUGCAACAGGAUGGUUUCCAGUUACAGAUCUGCGCUCAGCACAGGCGAGAUGGAGAAACAUGUGCGCCUGUUGGCUGAGCUGGUUCCUGAUUGGCUGACGAUCCUGCCCGUCAGGAAGGACUUUUAUGUGAAGGUGAACCGGAACACAGAGGUCAGCCUGGUCCUGGAGCAGCUGAGCCGCCGCCAGCGCGAGGAGGAGCGAGUCUGAAUUUUAGGGGGUCACAUUUUUUUUUACUGCCGAUUUUUUUUGUCAACCUUUUAUCAUGAGAAACUGUUUACUUUUUUUGAGA